AAGCGGCCAUGACAGAUGUGAGUGGAAGAUGUUCAUUGGGUUAGCUCGGUUAGCUGGCUGUCUGUGACUCGUGUUAGUUGCGAAGGGGUAUCGUGAUUGUAACGUUCGCAUUUUUCCCGAGUUUAAUAAAGGGAAAUAAGAUAUAAUGAGUGAUCCUAAGAGUGGAGAUGAUCUCGCAACUGCGAUUUUGCGCAAGAAGGACAGGCCAAACAGGCUCCUGGUGGCGGAGGCGAUCAAUGACGACAAUUCAGUCGUCGGCCUCUCGCAGGAAAAAAUGGAUGAGCUACAAUUGUUCCGCGGUGACACUGUACUUCUGAAAGGGAAAAGACGCAAGGAAACUGUGUGCAUCGUACUAUCAGACGACACAUGUCCAGAUGAGAAGAUACAUAUGAACCGUGUCGUCAGAAACAAUCUGCGCGUCAGACUCAGCGACGUUGUAUCUGUCCAGGCUUGCCCAGACGUUAAAUAUGGCAAACGUAUCCAUGUUUUGCCCAUGGAUGACACUGUCGAAGGUCUUACUGGAAAUUUAUUUGAGGUAUAUUUGAAACCGUACUUCCUUGAGGCAUAUCGCCCAAUCCAUAAAGACGACAACUUCAUCGUACGCGGAGGAAUGCGAGCUGUAGAAUUCAAAGUUGUUGAGACUGAUCCAGGUCCGUAUUGUAUCGUUGCUCCGGAUACAGUGAUACAUUGCGAGGGAGAUCCGAUCAAGCGAGAGGAAGAAGAGGAAGCUCUCAACGCUGUUGGCUAUGACGACAUUGGUGGUGUUCGCAAGCAGUUGGCACAAAUUAAAGAAAUGGUAGAGCUGCCACUGCGGCACCCAUCUCUUUUCAAAGCAAUCGGAGUGAAGCCACCGCGCGGAAUAUUGCUCUAUGGGCCACCAGGAACUGGAAAAACCCUCAUCGCACGUGCAGUUGCAAAUGAAACUGGGGCCUUUUUCUUCCUUAUCAAUGGUCCUGAGAUUAUGAGCAAACUAGCUGGUGAGUCUGAGAGCAAUUUGCGAAAGGCGUUUGAAGAGGCUGAAAAGAACUCACCAGCCAUCAUAUUUAUCGAUGAAUUGGAUGCUAUCGCCCCCAAACGUGAAAAGACUCAUGGAGAGGUGGAGAGACGUAUCGUCUCACAAUUGCUAACGCUGAUGGAUGGUAUGAAACAAAGUUCCCACGUUAUAGUUAUGGCUGCGACAAAUCGGCCAAAUAGUAUUGACGGAGCUCUUCGUCGUUUCGGACGAUUCGACAGGGAAAUUGACAUAGGUAUUCCCGACGCAACUGGACGUCUUGAAAUUUUGCGUAUUCAUACCAAAAAUAUGAAACUAGCCGACGAUGUCGAACUAGAAGAGAUUGCCGCUGAGACUCACGGUCAUGUCGGUGCUGAUCUAGCCUCGUUAUGCUCUGAGGCUGCGCUUCAACAGAUUCGAGAAAAGAUGGAUCUGAUCGAUUUAGAGGACGACCAGAUUGAUGCUGAGGUUCUUUCCUCCCUUGCUGUUACGAUGGAAAACUUCAAGUACGCUAUGAGCAAAAGUAGUCCCAGUGCAUUGCGUGAAACGAUUGUGGAAGUGCCUACAGUUACAUGGGAAGAUAUCGGCGGACUGCAAAACGUCAAACUGGAACUUCAAGAGUUGGUUCAGUAUCCAGUUGAACAUCCAGACAAGUUCUUGAAGUUCGGUAUGCAGCCAUCGAGGGGAGUUUUGUUCUAUGGACCACCUGGUUGUGGUAAAACACUUUUGGCCAAAGCUAUUGCUAACGAGUGCCAGGCUAACUUCAUUUCAGUUAAGGGACCAGAAUUGUUGACCAUGUGGUUUGGUGAAUCUGAAGCAAACGUGCGAGAUGUUUUCGACAAGGCCAGAUCAGCAGCGCCAUGUGUAUUGUUCUUCGAUGAAUUGGAUUCGAUCGCUAAAUCACGUGGCGGAAAUGUCGGUGACGCUGGAGGUGCAGCUGACCGUGUGAUAAAUCAGAUCCUUACUGAAAUGGACGGAAUGGGUGCCAAGAAAAAUGUAUUCAUCAUCGGAGCAACAAAUAGGCCUGACAUCAUUGACCCAGCUAUUUUACGACCUGGCCGUCUGGAUCAGUUGAUUUACAUCCCUCUACCAGAUGAAAAGUCGCGAGAGGCAAUCUUCAAAGCUAAUCUACGCAAGUCCCCUGUUGCCAAGGAUGUCGACCUGACCUACAUAGCAAAGGUAACGCACGGUUUCUCCGGUGCUGAUCUUACUGAGGUCUGUCAAAGGGCUUGCAAAUUGGCAAUUAGGCAAUGCAUCGAGUCAGAAAUACGUCGCGAACGAGAGCGUGCUGCAAACCCGAAUGUGUCAAUGGACAUGGACGAAGAUGAUCCCGUACCUGAAAUCACCAGGGCUCACUUUGAAGAAGCCAUGAGGUUUGCACGCCGUUCAGUAUCUGACAAUGACAUUCGUAAGUACGAAAUGUUUGCUCAGACCCUUCAACAAUCUCGAGGAUUCGGAACGAACUUCAGAUUCCCGCAAAGCGGCACAGGAGGUACGCAGGACACGACGCAGGGAGACCCAACGUUCCAAGACGAUGGUGAUGAUGAUCUAUAUAGCUAAGUCUUCAUUUAAUCGUAUGUCAUCUCUCGUUGGGUACAUGUGUAAAGGGUCUAUAUUUGCACACAUCGAUUACAUACACAUAUUUUAGCUCAAGGUAACGUCUUUUUUCCCAUAGUUGGUGGAAAGCCUGAGUAAAAGAUAAAGUUAAUUAAAAUUUGAAUGGAAUGGUUAAAA